AUGCCCUUCAACGCGCGUCAGUAUCUUCAAUCUCUUGAGAUGGACACGUCAAGCACGCGCCGACUUGUCGAUGAACCAAUGGACCGCGACCUUGAGGCGGGCCCGACACCUGCAGAAUCCUGCGCCUUUUUUUCUGAAGCUUCUAGCAACCAUUAUAAACCAAGUCAACCUCUGUCACUCAUUACUGGAACAGGCUUUAGCCUCUACAAGUCUCUUAUCAUACCUGCGAUAACACAAGCCCAGCAAGAGGUCAUUCUAGUUACCUGCUUCUGGGCCGACUCUGCCACACGUAGUGCGCUCCGUUCUGCGCUCCUUGCCCUUUCCGCCAAGGCUUCUGAGACCUCUACCAAGAUUCGUGUCCAGAUAUGCUUCUCAUCAAAAUCACUUGCGCGGAACAUGCUGCUUCCUACACCACAGCGGGGCCAAAUCUACAGUCCCAGUAAGUGGGCCAAACUCGGUCUUCCGGACGUGCGUGAGAUCCCCGGACUUCAGUUGAACGUAACGCGCAAGUUCUUCUGGCCGUUCGGUAUCAUCCACUCAAAGUACGUUAUCAUCGACCGUGAGCUUGCAAUAUUUCCAUCGUGUAAUAUCUCAUGGGAGCGUUGGUUUGAGACCGCCAUUAGCAUGCGAGGGCCUGUUGUGGACCACCUGCUCAGCUUCCAUACCAACUUUUGGCUACAGGGCGAACCACUGCCUCCUCUCCCACAGCCCCAGGGACCCGACGCAUUUCACGCCGAACACGAGACGGUACCAAAAGUAAUGUCUUCAUCAAACCGCAUACCUACAGCACUACUCCCAUCACCGCAUACCUGGUCUCUACUGCCGCCACACCUCUCGCCCAAACGCCUCUUCUGCUCACUCCCCUGCGUUCCCUCUGUUCCUCCAUCACACCCACCAACGCCUCUCCUCACCACUACCUCGCAUCUCCUGCGUACUGCCUCUCGCUCCAUCAUCCUCCUCACUCCGAAUGUUACCGCCCCCACUGUCCUCUCACUCCUUCAUGCCGCCCUUGCACGUGGCGUCGCCAUCACCAUUUGCACCAAUGAGAACCUCAUGACGGCAGAACAGCUCGUGACAGCCGGGAGCACAACGCCACGAUGCCUCUCCAGCCUGUCCAGCUCAGUCCAAAAGCUGCCCGGUAGUCUCAAUGUGUACUACUUCGACUCCCCGAGCUCUCCCGGCGGAUUGGGUGCGCGGGAGGUUAAAGAGGGGAAGAAAGACCAGGAGACCACGGCCGUGAAGCUGCAUGCCAAGGUGACGAUUGUGGAUGAUGAAAGGAUGUUGCUUGGGAGCGGGAACAUGGAUGCUGCGAGCUGGGGUACAAGCCAGGAACUUGGCGUUUUGGUGCAGAGCAAAGAUCUGGUGCGAGACUUCAAGAACCAGUGGCCUUUUUGGCCCCUAGGCCAAGGUGAUUGA